AUGUCUGCCGAAACAUACACCCCCGAGGUCCUCUGGGCCCAGCGCUCCUCCAAGGAUGACGCCGAGAAGAACUUCAUCUACCUGACCAUUGUCGUCCCUGAUGCCGACCCCUCCCAAGCCGAGAUCUCCCUCAAGCCCAGCAGUGUCUCUUUCAAGGGCUUCUCCAAGACCCUGAAGCGCACGUACCAGGUCACCCUCGACCUCUAUGCCGAGAUCGACGAGGCCGCCAGCAAGGUCAACCACACCUCCCGCUCCGUCGAGCUGAAGCUGGUCAAGAAGGAGCUCAAGGAGGAGUACUGGCCGCGCCUGCUCAAGGACGCCAAGAAGGUCCACUUCCUCAAGACCGACUUUGACAAGUGGGUCGACGAGGACGAGCAGGACGAGGCCCCCGCAGACGACUUCUCCCAGUUUGGCGGCAUGGGUGGCAUGGGCGGCAUGGGCGGUGGCAUGGGCGGCAUGCCCGGUAUGGGUGGCGACUUUGGCGGCAUCGACUUCUCCAAGCUCGGCGGUGCCGGUGGCUUCGGUGGCGAGGAGGACGAGGGCGAGGAGGGCGCCGAGGGUGACGACGAGGGCGACGACGACGACGAAAUGCCCGCCCUGGAGGGUGAGGAGGCUGCUGCUGAACCAGCAAAGUCGGCAUAA